AUGGACAUGAAGAAGUCAAGUCAGAACCAAGUCGAGACACCCAUCUUCGACUGGCCCGAAAUUAAGGAGAACGACUAUAAUUGGGCAAGGUACCCUUCGACCAAGAAGCAAACCGCUGCAACGGCGCCGGAUCCUCACCUGUCGGCUUCACAGCAGCUUCAGUGCCUCCACAAGAGUGUAUCAGCAGUCAUAAAUGUCAUUGCACCCAAUGCGGGCAAUGUGGUAUCGAUCAUCGCGGAAGAUCUAGCACGCGUAUCCUGCGAAUCGGCAAGAAAUCUCCUACCCAAGGAUGACUGGGUCUAUCCAUACUUCGUUGUUGAGUCAGCAUGCCAACAAAUGCUGCUCGAGAAGAUCAAGAAAGCGCGGAUAGAGUACGCACAUCAGCUGUAUACGAAGGGAAUGAUUGACGUAGUUGUCUACUGGGACUGUCCCCCACUCGAUCUGCAGAUGGAAGGCCGAGAUCAUCCAAUGAAGAGGGUGUUAUAUAUGACUGAGGAGGAAGGACGCCUUCUCAGCAAGACAUGGGACACUCACUACAAAGCCCUGGACUGGGAUGUCAUGCAUGCGCCGUACACUGUCGUUUCCAGUACGGUGAAAGGAAGACAGCAUCGUACCAUUACGGACAAGGACGAGCAUGGCUCUCCAAACGUUAAGUUGAUCUAUGAAUCGUGUGAACCUUCUCGUAAAGGCGGUUUCUACACUUGCAUUGAUCUGACACUAUAUAAGCAAAUGGUUCACCUCUCUGAAACAUGCAGCGGCAGGAUACAACUAUCGGUUGUUGUUCCACCAAAGCAGAUGUCUGUCGGACAACAAACUUACUGUAAUGACUAUUCCUCUUUUCUGGAUACUGUGGACAAUAGCAUCAGGGAAGCCCAGGCAACGGAGGAGCAGGUACAACUCAAGUCGGGAGCAGAAAGAGAGCAUGCACAACGCAGAGCAAGGACUUACUCGGCCGCACAUCGUUGGACAGCAAUGGAUUUCCUUCCGCCGCACAACUUCUAA